UUUUUCUUUUUUUUUUUCCCCGAACAAAAACCCAAAAAUAAUCAUGCUUCCACAGCAAAGAAACUUUAACAGUAGAAGAGCAGAUGACGAUGAGGUCAAUGCCCCACUUUUAACAGCAAGAAAUAUCCCCGCUACUGGUAGUAAUGGCGAUGUCACUAUGUCUGCAUCACCUCCUAAUAAACCCACCGCCUCACGUUCAUUCCCUCAACGCAGUGCCCAUUACAAUACGUUUGUUGAACCUCCACAACCCGUCAUUAAAGCACCUCGCACCAACAAGCCAAAACUUCCCAUGCGUACCACAAAAAUCUCUCAAAAACUAAAGUUAUUCCCUGAAGAGCAAUGGCCUGACCAACAUGAAGAAGAGGAAGAAGCAGAUGUCUAUACACAAAUCGCAAAGAUUCCCCAUGGCAUGGCAAGACAGGAAGCUGAAAUGUUGAAUAAAAUGGACAGAAGCGAAUUGUCCAGAAUGACAGCUUACUGCACUGCCUCCGCUUAUCGUAUGGAUGACUUGGUGAAGUACCUUUCCACCAAGAAAAAGACAAACGGAACUGCACCCAAAAGAUUCGAUGAAUGUUUAUAUACACCUUACUCCUUUACAUAUCCUAUCGCUCCACCUCAACCAGACGAGGUCUCCAUCAACAGUAGUACACCUGUAAACAUGUAUAGAUUGCCAGAAAUCUUUUUAUUCGAUUAUGGUGUAUGUGUAUUUUGGGGUAUGACAUUAAAGGAAGAACAGCGUGUGUUAAAGUUAUUAGAACCAUUCGAAGAAGAAAAGCUGGAACCAAAUGACGUCGAGACAGAGGAAUUUCAUUAUUACUACAAUGAAGCCUAUCAACCUCGUAUCUAUAAUGACAUCAUUACGCUGCGACACCCUUCCAACUAUCUCAUCAAACUCACCAUUGCCCAUGCUAUUGCACAAAGUGUUAAGAUGACCUUGUUUGAAAGAUUGAUUGAUGAUACGAUUAAUGAAACCAAAUAUAUUCCUCAAGUGAUGGCAGAGAGUGGUAACAUCCACAUGUCCAGAACUGCUAUUACGAAAAAAAUCGGUCAAUUGUUCAUCAUGCGAAUCAAUGUCAAUUUGGUUUCAAAUAUUUUGGACACGCCCGAGAUUUUUUGGUCGGAGCCAACUUUGGAGCCAUUGUACAGUGCCAUUCGAGGAUACCUGGAAAUUUCACAACGUGUAGAGCUUUUAAAUCAACGUGUCGAAGUCAUUAGCGAUCUAUUGGAAAUGCUCAAAGAUCAUUUAAAUAGUUCGCACGGUGAGCAUUUGGAAUGGAUCGUCAUUUGGCUAAUCGCCAUGGAAAUUCUCGUCGCUGUCAUCACAACUUCCCUUGACGCCUUUAGUUUGUACUAUAAUAAAGAAUAAAUCAUAGU